AUGGCGUUCAGCUCAAACUGGUGUCAGAUGAUGACAGCCAGCACUGGCAGUGAUCAGCAGCUGGCUGUGUCGACUGUUGGUAUCCAGCAUUACCUGGUGUCACCCGGACUAUAUGAACUUGAUCUAACAACCAAUGGCCUUGCCACCACGGGAACGGAAAUGAUCAUCUCAGCCAGCCUGGUGGCCAAGGACAACGGCACCCUGGCCCUGCCCACCAACACCCACAUCUACCGCUUCCACUGGAUCCACACCCCACUCAUGCUCACUGGCAAGGAGGAGAAGGACCUCAGCUCCACUAUUAGUGUGGUGGGCACCAUGCCUGGGGACUUCCCAGUCUCCGUCUGGGUCACUGCUGCCAAUUGCUGGAUGUGCCAUCAGGUGGCCCGGAGCUCUAUCAUCGUCCCCAUCACAAAAUUCCUCGUGGGAAACAUCGUGGUCGCCCAGAACACCUCCUUGCCGUGGCCCAGCUCCUAUCUCAUCAACACUGUCCUGAAAAUCUCCUUUGUCCUCCAUGACCCGAGCCACUUCUUCAAGACAGCCUCCUUUCUCUACCGCUGGGACUUUGGAGAUGGGACCCUGCUGGUGACAGAAAACUCCGUGGUCUAUUAUAACUACUCAAUUAUUGGAACCUUCACGGUGAAGCUUAAGGUGGUGGCCGAGUGGGAGGAAGCAAAGCCGGAUGGCACCUCGAAGGGGAUUGUGCAGAAGACUGGUGACUUCUCCACCUCGCUGAAGCUGGAGGAAAUCCUUCAAGGCAUCCAGGUCUUGGGGCCAACCUUGGUUCAGACUUUCCAAAAGACAACUGUGACCCUGAACUUCCUGGGGAGCCCCCCUCUGACCAUGUGCUGGCGGCUCAAGACUGAGUGUCUGCCCCUGGAGGAAGGGGAGUGCCACCCCGUGUCUGUGGCCAACACAGCUUACAACCUGACUCAUACCUUCCGCGACCCUGGAGACUACUGCUUCAGCAUCCGGGCUGAGAACGUCAUUAGCAAGACGCAUCAGUACCACAAGGUCCAAGUGUGGCCUUCCAGACUCCAGCCAGCUGUCUUUGCUUUCCCGUGUGCCACGCUUAUCACCGUGAUGCUGGCCUUCAUCAUGUACAUGACCCUGCGCAAUGCCACUCAGCAGAAGGAUGUGGUGGAGAACCAGGAGCCACCCUCUGGGGUCAAGUGCUGCUGCCAGCUGUGCUGUGGGCCCUUCUGGCUGGAGUCGUCAUCCGAGUACCUGGAAAUUGUCCGAGAGAACCAUGGGCUGCUCCCGCCCCUCUACAAGUCUGUCAGAACAUACACCGUGUGA